AGUUGUUUUCUCCCGGAAUAUCAGCUUACCUAUGGGUGGCUUCCAAAUAUUUUAUAAAAUUAAAAUAAUUAAUAACAAGUUUACUGACAUCACUUUAAUAAUUUGAAUGAAUAAAAAGUUUUUUGUAUACAUGUAUAAGUGUGAAUCAUGUUUUACAAUAACUAAUAAUUUUGCUUAUAGAAAAUCAUUUAAAGUAAAUAAGUCAUGUUUAGGACCUACGACGUUAUUCCCAUCUUCUGGCCACUAAUGUCAAAUUAUAUCUUGUUUUAUAGAACCGCAAAAGAAUUUCGGAACUAAUCAUUUGUAUGUAUAUAUUUAUUUGUAAUAUAAUGGCCACAUUUUUUAGGUUAUAUUUGUAAUAAUGGAAAAGUCAUCAAAGAAAAGUAUUUCAGAAAUAGUUGAAACAGCGAGAGACUAUGCUGCAAAGCUGGAAGAGCUCAUCGAAUCUGUGCAGCGAGCUGAGAUGCAGAUACGGUCGAGCGCGGGCGCCACGCUGGCGGAGAUAGACUCGGCCUUCGACCAGCUGGCGCGCACGCUGAGCUGCGAGCUGGAGCGACGCAGGGAGCGCCUCAGGCGGGAGGCCCUGGACAUGCAGGACGAGAGCCUGGGGCCCCUGGAGGCGUGCCGCGAGCUGAUAGCGGGCAAGCUGGCCACCACGCGCGGCUACAUCGCGCAGGGCCGCCACCUGCUGGACGGGACUGCGGGCCACGACGAGGCUCUGGCCUUCGCGGACCAGGCGUCCCAGCUGGGCAGCCUGCCCGCGGUGCCCAACCUGGAGGAGGUCCCGGAGCUGUCGUUCCAGUGCGCGGUGGCCGGCGUGGCGCGGGAGCUGGCGCGCGAGGUGCGGGCCAUCGGCGCGGUGUCGCGCAUGGGGCCCGUGCAGCUCACGGACCUCAGCGCCAAGCCGGGCGCGCUGCUGGUGCACUGGGAGGAGGUGGACUACGAGCGCGCGGUCGACGUGCACAGCUUCCGCCUGCAGCUGGCGUACGGGGACGUGCGCGGCCAGGAGCAGCUGGAGGCGUGCAACUACCACGACGUGUACGAGGGCCCGGAGAGGCAGUUCCUGGUGCGCGACCUGCAGCCCGACACGCCCUACACGUUCCGCGUGUGCUGCCGUGCCGAGGGCAGCGCGGGGUGGAGCGCCUGGUCCCUGCCGCGCGUCGCCGCCACCGCGCAGCCCCCCUUCCGCUGGGACGACUCCAACACCAACUACGUGGUGACCAACGAGGGCAAAAUCGCCAGCAAAGUGAGCGCAGAGCAGUCGCUGCUGCUGUCCAGCGCGGCGCAGUUCGGGCCGUGCCACUCCAUAGAGUUCACGGUGUUGGAAUGUGGUGUAGGCUGCAGCGACGAAGGUCUGGGAUUGGUCGAUGAGCUCACAGAGAAGGAUACACUUGUCCAACCAGGGUGCUUCUUCAUCAACACGAAAGGCAGCGUGUUCGUGGACGGCGUGGAGAAGACGACGCGCCUGCCCGCGCUGCAGAAGGGCUCCAAGGUGUGCUUCACGUGCGAGCACAUCCGCGCGGGCAGGAUGCGCGUCAACGUGGACAGCGGAGACAAGGCCGUCACGUACGACUGGGACGUGCACAGCCUCGGACAGAAGCUCUACUUCGCCCUGUGCUUCGGCCAGGCCGGCUGGAAGGUGCUGGUCGAAUAGCCACAUCCUCUUUUGUUUUGCCCGUCAUUUCCUUUCAGUGGAUUUGAAGUUCUUCAUAUUUCCGUGAGAAAUAAGAUGUGAAUAAACAUUUUCCCACGCUGAGGGCAUAAGUGUCUUGUCAGAUAGUUAUUCAAGAUCCAAACUUGAAGACACCAAUAAUUAACAAUAUUUUAAUUGGUAUGUGUAUUUAUACCAGUGCAUCAGAACAUCACAACAUGAAGCCAUUUUUUUUUCUCCGACAGUUUUUCAACGUUGUUUGUACGUUAUUGUAUUAAAAAAAAUUUUCUUACAA